AAGUGACUCCGUCGUGUUUAUAAAUUGAUUAAAAUAAAUGGGGGCUGGUUUUUCCGGUGAGCCAAAAAGGGUCGUUGUGGAUCCGAUCGGAGAGGUUGAUAUUAAUACAGGGUUGUCGGCCUUACCGGAAAGUUGUUUAGCAAUUGUGUUGAUGGGUUUGGAAGCUGAUGAAGUCUGUAAACUGGCCGGCGUUAAUCGGGAAUUCAGGGAAGCCUCGUCGGCCGACAUGGUGUGGGAAUCUAAGUUGCCGGAAAAUUAUAAGAUUCUUGUCAACAAGUUAUUUGAUCAUCAGAAUCUCUCCAAGAAGGAUAUAUAUUUCAGACUUUGUCUUCCCAAUCGAUUUGAUGGUGAUACCAAGGUUAAUUAA